UGUCAGGAUCGUUUUUGUGUCUCAGUCAGUCUUUGAAGAAGGAAGGAAGGGAAGCCAAAGAAGGAAAGAGCGACACACGGGGAUAACUUAUUAUCUCCGUCACCACAUGAUAAAUAGUACUUAGUCAUCGGCAGACCCUUGCUUACGUCAUAUCCGAGACUCACCGACUGUCUUGCUCGGACUUCAAAACAAAUUCUUUUGGCAGCAUCAUUGAACUGGCCUGAUGGGGAGGAGUACCUGGAACACAAAGAGCUGUCGAACAUGCGUCAAGCGGAAAGUCAAGUGCGACAAAGCCAGGCCCAGGUGUCUGCGAUGCCGACGGUCUGGCACCGUAUGCGAGGGGUUCUCGGGACUAAUUCUUCUCACGGACUCGACCUUAUUAUCUCGACAGCGGUCGCUCGUGGCACAUCAGCAGCGAGCACAGUUGCUCAGUCGGUUCCUGGAGGAUUAUCUUCCCCCCCAAGCAUCAAAUGAGGUGGCAUAUACCACGCCGGUUUCAUGGGUAGAAAGGUUUCCAGAUUUCUCCAGGGGAAAUUCCCCGCUUAUUCGGAACUGUGUCUCUGCACUAGCUUUGAUGCAUUUUGCCAAAACCCGGCAAAUUGACUCUCUCGUGCGGGAGGACGCACAUUACUACUCUCCAGCUGUUCAAGAGACAUGCACGCUACAGAGGAAUCAGUGUCCGGCUGACCUCACACGGGCUGCUAUGAUUCUCGGCCUGUACGAGCUGUAUAGCUUGGGCCCCUCGGUCCAGCUGCAUGCGUGGAGGGUUCAUAUCAUCGCUGCAACUCAGCUUGCGCAAGAGCUGAGUCCACCGAUCCAGUCUCUCAGUAAUUCUGAUCUUCGUCGCCUUCAGACCCUUCAGUUCCUUCAGUCUUGUGCAACGCGCAAAGAACAACGGUGCCCACAAAGAGCCAACCACGGCUCAAAUAAUCGCUUCGAUCAGUUGAUGGAUGUUUUGUUUGAAGUCGGCGAACUCUAUCGCCACUUGGAACAAAUACGAGUUUCUUCCGGCGAGACCAAAUGUCGAUCUACUGAUUUGCUACUACGAAAGGCUUUUGAUAUCGAGCAAAAGCUCCUGGGAUGGUGUCAUGAGCUGCAGUCAGAGAAUUGCAGCACCCCCCUCUUCUUGGCUAAAUGCGAUGAGCAGCGCAGCAACCAGACGAUUAUAACUUUUCCUAAUGCCUCUGCCAUACCUCUUCUGAUGCUCUACUGGUUGGGUAUGGUGGUUAUCUAUUCUUCCGCUAGCGAAGGGCUACAGAUGCUCGAGGUGGAUGAGUCAAUUCGGAUGCAAGAUUUUGGGGUCUAUGAGUUCGGUCUCAACCUCUCUGCAAGAUCUGAGCAAUUUGACUAUGACCAAACACUGGAGGACGAAGCGGAAGUAUUAUGCAAGCAUUUCGUUUCCAAAAUCUCCCAGUCUCAGGCAGACUGCAUGGAAAAGGGUCUUGGAACUGCAACCCUGGCAGCGGCAUCCUUGCAAGCCGCCCAACAUCUUUGCUCACAUAUGUGGCAUGAUCCCCCCAUCUCACCGUCCACGCCGGUGCUAGACUUUACCGCCGCUCGUGGAUGGAACUGAAGAGAGGGACCUCUAUCCCGUCCUUCCGAUACAUAUCU